AUGGCGUCUUUUUUUUCAGACCACAAAAAUCAUCCAGCGAAUGUCAUCUGUGAGUUGUGCAGAUUGUUCUACGAUAACAACUGGGUCACUGGGACCGGAGGUGGAAUUUCAAUCAGAGACGUCGAUGGAGAAAAUCCAGACAUCGUGUACAUAGCCCCCUCGGGUAUUCAAAAAGAAAGGCUUCAUCCCAAAGAAAUGUUUGUUGCAGAGCUUCCUGACAAAAUCUUGAGAAGUCCCAACGAAGACAAUGAGAAAGAGCCCUUGUCCCUAGACUUGGCAGCAAACUUCAAGUAUAAGCCACUGGCUUGCACGCCGCUUUUUUUGAGCAUAUACAAUCUCCGGGACGCAGGGGCAUGUAUCCAUACUCAUUCGCAAAAUGCGGUAUUGGCAACUAUGAUUUGGGAGGACAAGCUCGUUUUCGAGAUGAAUAACCAGGAGCAAAUUAAGGCCCUUCCUAAGCUCGAGAUGAAUGUAGCAACAGGCAAAAUUGAAAAAGUCGGAAGCUUGCAUAAUCAUGAGACAAUGGUUAUUCCAAUUGUCGAUAAUACGCCUCUUGAGGAGGACUUGACCGAGACUUUGGAGGCGACUUUAAAGAAGUAUCCUGGUGCCACCGCUGUCUUAGUUCGCCGCCAUGGUAUCCACGUGUGGGGAGAAAACAUCUGGAAAGCAAAGAUAUACAACGAGGCCAUCGACUAUUUAUUAGAGUUGGCUAUUAAGAUGCACCAGAACGGAAUUCCCUUGAUCAAAGAUUAA